AUGGAGCAUUUGUAUGUUUUGAAUUCCUGUGUGCUACUACUCAAAAUCACGUGCAUAUUAUUAAUUGACCGCGUAUACGGCGUUGAGCAAGUUCAGUCGAAGGCAUUAAUCAACAGUUCUUUAGGCAAUACAACUGUAAGUAAUGCCCCUGUACAAUUAACAACCCUUAAAUUCCAUUCAUCUGAAACACAUAACAAUUCAACACCAUCACCAACUGCUGGUCUACCGUUAAAAUCUGAAAUCAGAACAUCGCCUACUCCAGUUGCUUCAAAUGCUUCGUCAACUGUUCAGCCUAUACAUUCUACUAAACAGUCUGUCCAGUCUACUACAUCAACCAGAGCAGUAACAACUGAACACGAUGAUUUUUUGCACCAUGAUGAUAUAGAACAAGAGGAGCUAAAAGCAACAAAGUUAAAUGAAAAUCCUGUGGAUAUAAAUGACUCAAUAGAUGUACCACAAAUUGAUGAUUCGCCGAAAGAAAGUCACCAUAAUCAAAGGAUCAAUGAUAGAUAUGUUUUUAAAGAACCGUUACCUCGAAAGACAGGAGGAGACCGUAACCGACUGCUUGAUUCUGAAGAUUCAUUUGUGGAACGUCAAUGUAAGCUAUUUAUUUUUAUGACAGGAUAAAUUUUACACUGAUUGUUUUCUUUUUUUGAGUUUGAAUUUUAAUGAAAGAUGAUUGGUGCUGAGUAUAUGAACAGCAGGUGCGUCGGUGGCAUAGCGUUUAGGACGCUCGCCGACCAUCCACAUGGUCCGGGGUUCGAUCCCCGGCCACGGACGAACUCCUUUGCCUCGCUAAGCCAAAAAUAAUGCUG